GGAUUUAGCUUGGAUUUCAGUUGCUGUUCAACUGCCGCGUAUUCAGAACGCCACGCGCGAAUGCGGAUAUAUAGAAAAGUGGAAUCUCAGUGUGUGUGUGUGAGAGUGUGUGUGGUUGGUUAGAUGAAUGAAUGAAUGGUUGGAUGGAUGGAUGCCGGGGCACAUCUGUUUUGAGUGUUUGUUGUUGUGCGAAAAGAAAUCAAAAUAAAUACUGCAACUACAGUUUAUUAUUAACGCGAUGAAGAGUGGCCAUUAAAAACGAAAACGAGCAAAAAAUAAAAGAGGCGGUGGAGGAACGCAUAAAGAAACACGACUUUAUUUCCACCGCAUUGUUAUCGCUGAGUGGCACAGUGGCAAGUGGCAAGUGCGUGUGUGUGGCAAAGGCAUUUAAUCAAGUGAACCCCCAACCCCAAAACCCUCAUGCCUCAGCCCUCCCACCCAGCCCACAACCAUUUGUAGUGUCAAAGCCCUUAAUCCGACAUAAAUUCCCAGUGAAAACAUAAUCAUAAAUUAACAACUAAUUCAAUUAGCAACAAAAGCAACACCUUUUUCUUUUGUGCUGAAAUAACUUGAAUUUGAAUGCAGCUGGCAACUAAAUAGACGAAACACGAUGAGUGAGCAUAGUAAUAGAAGCAGCGAUUCGGGUGAAACGGCAGAAGGAGCCAGCGCCGUGGCAGUAUCCGAAAGUGGACCCGAUUUUGAUGCACUACGUCAAGCCUGUCAGGCCCGACUCAAUGCCAGUCAAAUCUCAGAUUCUGUGCCACAUUGUGCGGGUACCUUUGAUGAUUGGCUCUGUUGGCCGGAUACGGCCGCUGGCACUACUGCCUACGAACGGUGUCCGGACUUUAUCACUGGCUUCGAUCCACUGAGAUAUGCCCACAAGGAGUGCGAUCAACAUGGUGAAUGGUUUAAACAUCCUUUGACCAACAAAACCUGGUCGAACUAUACAACCUGCGUUAAUCUCGACGAUUUAGAGUUUAAGCACAGUGUGAAUCUGAUCUAUGAGAUUGGCUAUGGCAUUUCAUUGUUGGCCAUUCUCCUGUCAUUGGCCAUAUUGGGUUAUUUCAAAUCAUUGAAAUGUGCCCGCAUCACGUUGCAUAUGAAUUUAUUUGCCUCAUUUGCGGCAAACAAUUCGCUUUGGCUAAUUUGGUAUUCGUUGGUCAUGCCCAAUUCAGAGCUAUUGCACCAUAGUCCGAUGCGAUGUGUGGCGUUGCAUAUUACGUUGCACUAUUUUCUGCUCUCAAACUAUUCGUGGAUGUUGUGCGAGGGUUUCUAUCUGCAUACGGUGUUGGUGGCUGCAUUCAUAUCGGAGAAGAAACUGGUCAAAUGGCUAAUAGCUUUUGGUUGGGGCUCACCGGCCAUUGUCAUAUCGGUGUAUAGUCUGGCCCGUGGCUUGGGUGGCACCAUCGAACAGAAUAUGCAUUGUUGGAUGAAUCCCACCGAUUAUGACAACAUUCUGGUCGUUCCUGUCUGCAUUUCGAUGUUCCUCAAUCUGUUGUUCCUUUGCAAUAUUGUACGUGUGGUACUGUUAAAGUUGAAUGCUCCGGCCAGUAUACAAGGCAGCUGUGGACCAUCACGGACAAUCCUGCAGGCAUUUCGUGCCACAUUGCUGUUGGUGCCGCUGCUUGGCCUUCAGUAUAUUGUUACACCAUUUCGUCCUGCGCCCGGACAUCCCUGGGAGAAUACAUACGAAAUCAUUUCAGCUUUUACGGCCUCGUUUCAAGGUCUGUGUGUGGCCACGUUGUUCUGUUUCUUCAAUGGUGAGGUUAUUGCCCAAGUGAAACGCAAAUGGCGUAUGCUCUGCUUCAGCAAUAGGCCAAGGACAAACUCCUAUACAGCCACUCAGGUCUCGUUUGUACGCUGCGGACCACCAAUGCCGGGUGAGGAGAAAGUAUGACUAAAGGAUAUGGGCAAGGGCAAGGGCAAAGGCAAAAGACGUGCAUCCUCAGGACCACAGCAGCAGCAGCAACAUUACCAACAACAACAACAACAGCAGCAGCAACAGGCCAUUACACAGCAAAGAGGACGCAGUCAAAGUUUGUCGACAUCGGCAACAUCCCGUUCCUUGAGUCUUAUCGAUGGUUGGCGCAACAAAAUGCAUUUCCUGCCCACUCGACGACAAACCAUUGACCAUUCACGCCAACGGCAACCUCUUAUGGAGGAUAGGCAACAGGGUCCACAGGGCCAGCAAUUGCCAAGUGUUGGUGGCGCUGCUGCUGCUGCUGUUGCUCUUACUGCUACUGCUGAUGACGACGACAACAACAGCAACAACAGCAACAACAGUAACAGCAGCAACAUUAAGCCAACGACUUUAAUGACCACCAUAAAAGAGGAUUUUACAGAAAUCACCACAACCAGCAGCAGCACUCGAGCUGAAAUAUCUGAAAGUCAGUGUGGCCUGGGCAAUGUCAUUGUUAGCUUGGAUAAUUCCAACUCAUCCGAUCAGCAACAUAUUGCCGAUGAGGCUUUAUAAAUCUCAAUAGCCAAUAAGUGAAGUGAAAGUAAAACCAAAACUAAAGUCAAAAUCAAAGCACCCGCCCCACCAGCAUUAACAACAACAACAAAAAUAAAUAAGAAAAAAUCAAUUUCCUCUACCCUUGCAGUCGUUUCUUAAGCUUAAUAUACUCGACAUAUUUUUAUACCCUUUAAUGACACAUUCAAAAAAUAAAAUAAAACUAACUAAUUGUUUUUUUUUUUUUGCCAUGUGAUAAGUUUGAUCUAUAAACUAUAUACAGGAAAAAUAAAUAAGAGUUUA